UCUUUCCACGCAUUCCACUUGGAGUGAUUUGUUUUAGUUUUAGUUUUCUUGUUUACUAAGCCACCACGUUUGAAUAUAAAUAAGAUUGAAAACGUUCCUUCUUUCUAUUUCUAUAUUUUUACUCUAACAAUUGGUUUGUUGAAAUUUUUUACUAUAAUUAACCACGAAAGGUUUGUUGAAAUCGAAAGAGUUUAGAAGAAUAUCAAAAUGUCUCGGUAUGAUAGAGCUAUCACAAUUUUCUCUCCUGAUGGUCAUCUCUUCCAAGUAAAGUAUGCUCUUGAAGCCGUUCGCAAAGGUAACGCCGCUGUCGGUGUUCGAGGUACCGACAGCAUUGUUCUCGGCGUGGAGAAGAAAUCCACUGCCAAACUGCAAGACUCGAGAUUGGUGAGAAAGAUUGUUAAAUUGGAUGAUCACAUUGCCCUUGCUUGUGCUGGACUAAAAGCCGAUGCUCGUGUCCUUGUAACCCGGGCCCGAGUUGAAUGCCAAAGUCAUCGACUUACUGUUGGGGAUCCUUGUACCGUGGAAUACAUAACCCAUUACAUCGCAGGUCUUCAGCAAAAGUACACACAGAGUAGUGGUGUGCGACCGUUUGGGCUUUCGACUUUGAUCGUUGGCUUUGAUCCUUACACCGGGUCACUGUCUUUGUACCAAACCGACCCUUCCGGUACAUUUUCGGCUUGGAAAGCUAAUGCAACCGGAAGAAACUCAAAUUCAAUCCGUGAGUUUCUAGAGAAGAACUAUAAAGACACCUCUGGGCAAGAAACUGUCAAACUGGCUAUCAGGUCGUUGCUUGAGGUUGUUGAGAGUGGAGGGAAGAACAUUGAAGUUGCUGUCAUGACCAAGGAGUAUGGUCUGUGUCAACUGGAGGAAGCUGAAAUUGACGCCAUUGUCGCUGAGAUUGAAGCAGAGAAAGCAGCUGCUGAGGCUGCAAAGAAAGUUCUUCCCAAAGACACAUGAUUCUAGGUUUCUUUUGUUUUGUACAAGCAUGAUCCUUGUUAGAUUUUGUCUCUAGCCUACGAGUCAAGCAACUCAAAGUAAAAUGGCAUUGAAUACUAUCUCCGUUUUUAAAUACAUGUCGCAAUUCACAUAACUCACUUUAAACAUAUUUUUUUAACUAAUAUAUAAAUACAAAUGUUAACAUA